AAUUUGACUUUCAUCCUUUCAUCGUGUAAUCUAAUUAAUAGGGUGCAUAUGUGCACCACAUAUUAAUUUUCGACUUAUUUCUUUAAAAAAACCCAAAAAACUAACAGAAAAUGACGCUUUAUCAUUUUGGUAACUGUGUAGCACUGGUUUACGUACCUUAUUAUAUGACAUAUAAAUAUUCGGGAUUAUCCGAGUAUGGCGCUUUUUGGAAGUGUAUUCAAGCUGGUGGCAUCUACAUUUUCACUCAGUUGUGCAAAAUGUUGGUACUGGCCACAUUUUUCCCCGACACAGAAAGCUUCUCUGGGGGAGAGCAAUUCAACCUGAUUGCGGAAUUCCUCCGGUGUAGUGUAGAUUUGGUCGAUCUACUUGGACUAGCAUUCGUAUUAUCUAAAAUUCCAGGGAAGGGCCACAGUAAAUUGAUUACCGCCGGUCUGGGUUGGGCGACUGCGGAGGUGAUUCUAUCUCGUGGUCUCACGCUGUGGGUGGGCGCCCGAGGAGCGGAAUUCUCAUGGAUAUAUAUUCAACGGUGUCUCGAAUCGAACAUUCUUCUGGUACAACACUUGACAACCGCAACGCUAUUGUGGCUGUUCUCAAGACAUGACCUGGAAAAGCGAGCUGUUCCACUGGUAGUCAUGCUCCUGGUUGCGAUUUCUUUCCGUGGCGUCUGGCUAGAAGGAGCGCUACAGGCUCUGCUCGCGGGUCCUUGGGUAGCCCUAGCUGUCAAAGCGAUUGUUAUUGCUUGCAUAGGUUUUGUUACGCUCCAUAUUUAUUCAGGUCUGGCACAAUCAAUCGGAUUGUAACGGUGUUAUGUUUUAGUGGAGUUUUUCUCGCCUUAGUUUCUAAUUCUGCAGAGUCUAGUGAAUAUAUUUCAGUUUAAAGUAUCCGCAAAAAAGAACAAUAAAAAUAUGUUGGUCAAAAA